CAUAUACAAAUAAAAUGGAUCAUCUCUCUCCGCCGCCAUCGCCACACUCUCAUCAGGGGCAAAUAACACCUUUUAAUACGGUUAUUGAUAUGAGUUUAACAUCUUCAAAACAAUGGAUACAACGAGCUUCAGCAUUCAGUUCGGCGUUAGCGACGGCUGGCCAUAAACUAAGUAAUCGAGAUCUGCCCUUUUUGUACAACCCACUACUGUACUCGAGUGCUCUGCUGUGGCCCCAAUUUUUCUUCUCAUCAACAUCAGGCCUGCCAACACCAACAACUCCAACCACACCAAAAUCUCCCACCAAUUCAAAUCAACGUGAUCGCGAAUUCACUUUGACUCCCGAAAAGGAAGACAUCAACUUUACCGAAGACAUGCCGCUUAAUCUAUCCACAAAAGCUAAGUCCGAGUCUUCAACUACACCCCCACCUUCCUUUCAAAUCAACAACCAUACUUCAAAUAUUUCCAAAGAAGAUGCAUUAAUUCUGUGUGGCGGCGGUGAAAAACAACGCUCGCAGCAGUCUUCAAUAAUAUGGUCCCCAGCAAGUAUGUGCGAAAGGGAAGCCACAAGUUCAUCCUCCAUCAAUAUUGAUCCCAUUGCUAAGAAGUUCCGAUAUAACAAACAUCGUUCUCACCAAAUUGCAAAUAUAGCUUCAUCAUCGUCGAACGACUUUUGCCCGCCUUCGUCAACUACCUUUGCUCAGAGAAUGUACCAUCCACAGUUGGAUUUCCUUUCGCGUCAGUUACAAGCACCGAACAACAAACGUGAAGUGGAUGUUUUACGCCAAAGUCGCACCGACAUCUUCCUCCUCAACAAUAACAACAACACAAUCCAUGCAGCCAAUAACAACAACAAUAACAAUAAUUCAAACAACAGCAAUGCUAUUGGUGGUGAUGUUAAAAGCGGAUUUGAUCCUACUACAAAUUUCGAAAACGAAUUGCUGCACGAACAACAUCCAGAUUCCACGGCAUCGCUCAUAAAUUCCACAAACAAUAGAUGUUCGUCGUUUAAGGAAGAGGACUCGAAACGAGGAUAUCGUAAUUUCCAGUGCAAACAGUGUGGCAAAACAUUCAAGCGUUCCUCUACAUUAUCUACUCAUUUGCUCAUACACAGCGAUACUCGACCUUAUCCUUGCCAAUAUUGUGGAAAACGAUUUCAUCAAAAAUCUGACAUGAAAAAACACACGUACAUUCACACAGGAGAAAAACCCCACAAGUGCACGGUUUGCUUGAAAGCUUUCAGCCAGAGUUCCAAUCUCAUCACUCAUAUGCGUAAGCACACAGGAUAUAAGCCUUUUGCCUGCGGACUUUGUGAUCAAUCGUUUCAAAGGAAAGUCGAUCUGAGACGCCAUCGGGAGAAUCGCCACGGAGAGGAAAAUCCAGCAUCAAUAAAAAUGGAAGUUACAAGUAGCUGCUAAUAAUAAUUAAUUUUAACUUCAAUUUUAUUAUAUAAGUAGAUAUUGUAAUUAAGUAUAAGUGUUUAGUAAAUAUUUUUAAGCCAAUAGUCUCUAAAACCAAAGUUUUUAAUCAGUUUUAUAUUGAAUCUCCUGUAAAUAAUUAUUAUAAUUUUGUAUGUCUAGUCUUAUGUUUUAUUUAAUUUAAUUUAAUUUAAUUUAAUGUAAAUUUAUUUUAUUUUAUUUUAUUUUAAUUUAAUUUCUUUGUAAUAAAUUAUAGAGGGCAGAGCAGCUAAUCAAACCAAAGAAAAUUCAUUUAACAUUAAGGAUUGUCUUCGUUUAUAAAACCUUAAUUCAUUUAAAAAAAAAAGACUUUUGUAGAAUAAAUUAAAUUAUGAAGAAUGAGGCGAAUAAGUUUGAAUACUAAAAAGAAAGAUACUAUGUUUGUUAACUAUAGUUUGAACAUUUAAAAAAAUAUUUUUAAAACAUUUAAU